AUGAACGGAGGUGAUAGCACAGGAGGUUGGGAGGAUAUGUCACAGCAGGUUGUGACAAGAUGUGAGCCCGCUGCAGUGAUGACACCGCAGUUUGCAUCUGGCAAGAAGAAACGUGCUGCUGGUAUUGGUACUUCUUUCCGCGAAGUCAAGCGACUCGCCAAAGCCCAAGAAAAAGAAGCGAAGAAGUCCGCGAAAGAAGCAGACUUUGAAGAAAAGAAAGAAGAAGUCUCGAAAAAGGUUGAUCAAAUAGUUGGGAAUUUCCAGCCAGACUACCGCAAGUGCAUUAAUUGCCAAGAUGAGAAGCAUCCACGAAACAAACAAGAUGACACUGACUACUCAGUGGCCAAAUGGCUUGUUCUGAAGGAAGGAAAGCCAGAGGAGCAGCGCUACGAUAUUGCUGACUUCAACCAUCAGCAGCUGCUCAUUUUGGCAACUAAAUGCAAGUUGAAAGGAUCUGGAAGUAUGUCAAUGUGGAAGGCAAGGGUGGACCCAAGAGAAGAAGACAAACACAUCAUGCGCAUUAUUCAGACAUGUUUCCAUCCUACGUUGGUCCAAAGAUUUGUGGAUUUAAAUGACAGGAACAAGAGGAAACAGUUUGAAGAGAACAGUGGUCGGGAUCCAGUGAAAGCCUUUAUGGUGGAAGUGUCCAACAUGUACAAUGACAGUUCGAUGAAUGAAGUUUUGUCCAAGAUUGUGAACAGCAACAGUGAAAUGCCUGACAGCGACGUCCAUCUGGUUGAAUGGGUGGAUGCUGCUGAGUUAAACCUGAAUGACUUUGAACCGCAGACUCAUCAGACCGUGCACACAAAAGUGUACGAUCUAAUGAAAGCAAGGGAGCUUGCUUUGGGUGGAAUGACAAAGUUUGGCAACCAUGCGAGUGACUUUUGGACUUAUGCCACUAACCCCGCCUACUUGAAGUGGAGAGCAAAUGGAUCUCCGCUUCCUGCCAAAGCAGUUUACUAUACGCACAUCCUGUGCAAGCAAUACCCUGGCAUCGAUGGCAAAUUUGCCGCGCAGCUUGCCACAAACAUGAAGUCUGAUUCACACGUACCAAUGACUGGUGAUGCUGGUGCCAUCAAUAGCAAUGGCAGUGGACGAAAGAGCAAUCGCGAGGUAGUGAAGAAGAUGGAUGAGGCAACCCAACAGAUCAAGGACAAUCACCACAAAGCCUUCUUGCAGCGCCAAGAGUACAUUGACUUGCAGAAAGCGGAAGCAAAGAGGAAGGCCGACACCGACAGUUGGCAUGAGUACACCCGUCUCAGCAAAGAAUUCCGCGAGUUGAAGAGAGAGAAUGAUUCGGACAAUGACACAAUGCUAUCCAAUAUGGCAGUACGCAUUCGCAACAUUGAAAAAGCCAUUGAUAUCCAUAACAGCAUCGCCCAUGGGGAGGAUAUGUCACAGCAGGUUGUGACAAGAUGUGAGCCCGCUGCAGUGAUGACACCGCAGUUUGCAUCUGGCAAGAAGAAACGUGCUGCUGGUAUUGGUACUUCUUUCCGCGAAGUCAAGCGACUCGCCAAAGCCCAAGAAAAAGAAGCGAAGAAGUCCGCGAAAGAAGCAGACUUGAAGAAGAAAGAAGAAGUCUCGAAAAAGGUUGAUCAAAUAGUUGGGAAUUUCCAGCCAGACUACCGCAAGUGCAUUAAUUGCCAAGAUGAGAAGCAUCCACGAAACAAACAAGAUGACACUGACUACUCAGUGGCCAAAUGGCUUGUUCUGAAGGAAGGAAAGCCAGAGGAGCAGCGCUACGAUAUUGCUGACUUCAACCAUCAGCAGCUGCUCAUUUUGGCAACUAAAUGCAAGUUGAAAGGAUCUGGAAGUAUGUCAAUGUGGAAGGCAAGGGUGGACCCAAGAGAAGAAGACAAACACAUCAUGCGCAUUAUUCAGACAUGUUUCCAUCCUACGUUGGUCCAAAGAUUUGUGGAUUUAAAUGACAGGAACAAGAGGAAACAGUUUGAAGAGAACAGUGGUCGGGAUCCAGUGAAAGCCUUUAUGGUGGAAGUGUCCAACAUGUACAAUGACAGUUCGAUGAAUGAAGUUUUGUCCAAGAUUGUGAACAGCAACAGUGAAAUGCCUGACAGCGACGUCCAUCUGGUUGAAUGGGUGGAUGCUGCUGAGUUAAACCUGAAUGACUUUGAACCGCAGACUCAUCAGACCGUGCACACAAAAGUGUACGAUCUAAUGAAAGCAAGGGAGCUUGCUUUGGGUGGAAUGACAAAGUUUGGCAACCAUGCGAGUGACUUUUGGACUUAUGCCACUAACCCCGCCUACUUGAAGUGGAGAGCAAAUGGAUCUCCGCUUCCUGCCAAAGCAGUUUACUAUACGCACAUCCUGUGCAAGCAAUACCCUGGCAUCGAUGGCAAAUUUGCCGCGCAGCUUGCCACAAACAUGAAGUCUGAUUCACACGUACCAAUGACUGGUGAUGCUGGUGCCAUCAAUACGAUUCCAAUGUUCCAAUGA